GAUUUGCCGCGGUGAUGAUUUCACUUGCGGAGAUCAAGUGCGAGAGGCGUGCCUCGAGGAAGAGCGCCGGUGCCGUUGUGAGAAGUACUCCUGGCACGGCUCCUCCUCCAGGCUAUUCUCUGAGACCUUCGAAUCUUUGGCCGCCGGCGAUCUCGCCUUGGAAGACUGGCUGCGAGAAAAUUCCGAGCUCUUCCCAUGCUGCCUGAACUGCCAAGAGGCAGAAGAGCAAUUCGAGACUCUGGUGAAUUCUGUUGGUUUGGCCCUGGUCAUCUUUGGCAUCACUGGCGUGCUGGUUUUCUCCAUUUUGCUUCUGCUUCCCAGGCGGAUUCCACGCUUGACACCUGCGGACCUCAGAUAUUUUGAGGCUCCCGAGCUGCUGGCAAAACGGGAUGGGGCAGAACUGCACGAGAAGAUUCCGCGGCACAUGUGGUGUGUGAGCCUGGAGGAUUUGCGGCAGUUCCGGCGGCUGGUGAUGCAUGCAGUUGCCCGAGGCCAGAUUCAACCGACGGAGAAUGACAACUUCGAAGCAAGUGAUUUGGUCAUUGGCCCGUCGGUUUACACGGUGACUGAGCAGUUUGUCAAGCCGUUGACCGCAGCCGCCGGCAAGAUGAGCUGGGCGUUGCUCCGGAAUCCUGAAGGUUUGCGCUGCGAUCUCUUUGUGACCCAUGCCUGGGCAGAAGGGGUCUAUGAGUUUAUUGACAAGGUCGAGCGGUCGUGGCCUCGGGGUGCAAAGGCCGCAUAUGUUUGCUUCUUGUCAAAUCCUCAGAACCUCGACAUUUCCAGCCUAUUGACUUCUCCGAGCGCAUCACCUUUUGCACUCGCCCUGGAAUCGGCAUCCACUAUGUCGCAUUGCCGGACUUGUGUGGGUCUUUAUGGGUUUUCCUUUCUAUUCGUGGCUUUUUGGGGUGGCUCGAGUAAAAACAACAGGAACACCGAAAUCCAUGUGGGGGUCCAAAUCCAAAUUUUCCCUUUGGUUCUAUGGUUGUCAGGCCGCCCCCCCCCGCCCCCCGUCCAACUCGGUCACAGGCUGUUAAAGAAUCUGGAGGCGAAAGCUGUGUCACACGUGUUUUCCUCGGCUUUUCUGCAAUUUGUCAGCUCUGGCUCAUGCUUGGCAGUGAACGGGAGGAUUAGGACAGCAUCGUUUUCAUGCAUAAAUGGUCAAAACCCAAUGUUUUUUCAUAGUUGCAGUUCCAUUGCCCGAAAGUCAGAACCAACAAGCUGCAUCCAACGAUCACGGCUGAAAUCCUGCUCAAUGGGAAGCCGAUGCCUCCAAACAAGCUAUGCAUGUAGCGAAACACAUUAG